GUAGCACAAGUGCCAGUUUGGAUUGUGUAGUGAGAGGGGUGACACGCGCCUCGCUGAAGGCUCUCUGAGGGAUACGCUCAAGAGGGCUGGUGGAGAAGUGUUGUGGGUGGAGGGAAGUAGAGUGUAGGCUGCGGCAGGAGGCUACAGUCGACACCACCAACACCUCACCCAGAAAACCACGUAAAACUGCACAAAAAAAAUAACGAAACUACGGCUUAAACCGAAUCGACUCACGACUUAUCGAAACGCACUGACACGAGGCAACCGAGGAAGAGCGGUGGCCAUACUGGCCGAUCAAAACCACUAUCAGUUCACCAGGCUUCCCCAUGCUCAUCAGGCUUCCACGUGGUAACCCGCAUUUUCCGGGAUAAUCAGGCUAUCCCACUCGGCUUGUAUGUGAUUCAAAGUUUUGACUAUAUACCUGGCUUCAAGAGGACGUGAAAACCAGGUUAUCACCAAACCAAUCAUCCACGUGUUCAAGCUUUCACGCGGCAAUCACAUUACAAGUGCUUACCAGACAGGACAUCAGAUUUCCAGGACUCACGUGGCCUGUCAUUAAGACUCGCGGCUCCACGUGGCACAUUAUAAACGUUCCUGGCUCCCGUGGACCACUACAAAGGCUCCUGCUCUACGUUGCUACUGACAGAGGCUCCCGGCUUUUCCUCGGUCCGUCAUAAAGGCUCCAAGUUUCACGUGGCCAAUUGGACAUCACAAAGUCUUCUGGCUCCACGUGGCGCGUCAUUAAGACUCUUGGCUCCACGUGGUGCGUCAUAUAGGCUCCUGAAUCAAGGUGUUGCGUCAUAAAGGCUCCUGAAUCAAGGUGUUGCGUCAUAAAGGCUCCUGAAUCAAGGUGUUGCGUCAUAAAGGCUCCUGAAUCAAGGUGUUGCGUCAUAAAGGCUCCUGAAUCAAGGUGGUGCUUCAUAAAGGCUCCGGACAACGUAGUGCAUCAUAAAGGCUCCUGACCACGUGGUGUGCAAUAAAGGCUCCUGCUUCACUUUGUGCGUCAUAAAGGCCCCCCCCCGCCCUAGCUUCACUUUGUGCGUCAUAAAGGCCCCCCCCCCCGCCCUAGCUUCACUUUGUGCGUCAUAAAAGCUCCCAGAAUCUACACGCCGCGUCAUUAAGGCUCAAACGUCCUCCGAGUCACCUUUCUCUCACAAAAGGAAUUUGCUUCCGGAUCAGAAAGCACCUCAGAGCAGGUGACGUGCUGGGUGUUGCGGGUUCUGACACUAAUCAGUGGGCAGUUGACACUGACCAAGAUGUCUGGCCGUGGUCGUGAGGGGGGCGAGGACCCUGACCCCCCAAAAGGACCCCCUGGCGGCGGGGGCCCCACCAUCAACGGAUCCAUCGAAGCCAUGCUGACUCCUGAACUUCUCUUCCGCAUGAACAAGAAAAUCGCCCAGCUCACCAAGGUGGUGUAUGGCCUGAACACCCGCGGGGAGGAGCUGGAGGCGCAGCUGGCCACCCUCAAGGAGUCAGAGGACAGUCUGAGGACGGGCAACACUGAACUACAACACCGCCUCAACCACUACAAGUCUAAGUACGAGGCGGAGCUGGGGAGACUGCGCGAGAUGGAGGCGGAGGCCGGCCAGGCCCACUACUGGAAGCUGGAGUGUGAUAAUCUUAAGAGACGGCUGGAGCUGGAGGGGGGUAUGUUGGUGGGCUCGGACGUGCGUGCUGCCGUAGCGGCAGCCAGAGACGACACCGAACGAGCCCUCAGGAGGGAGAAGGCGCUCUCAUACGAGCUGGAGCAGGCGCGUCAGGCCAUCACCAACCUCAAGGGGCACCAUGACUUCAUCAUGAGGGAGCGGGACGCCCAACUGACUAUGGAGAGAGAGAAGCUGGAACUGGAGUGGCAGACCCGGAUGGCUGAGCUGGAGAACAGGUACAAGGGCCAGGUGCGGCGGGCGACGGACGAGCUGGAGGUGGUGACGGCCGAGUGUGAGAUCCUCAGACGACGAGUGACAGACUCCGGCGACGGCGAGGUGGCCCUCAAGGACCAGAUGGUGGCCCUCGAGCGUGACCACGACCGACAGAGGCGAGAGUGGGAGAUGAAGGUGAAGCUGAAGGAGCAGGAGGCGAGGGAUAACGCCCUGCGCUUCAGCCAGGAGAGGAGAGACUAUGAAGUGAGGAUCCGAUCCCUUCACGAGGAGAGGAGAAUAUCUGAGGAGGAUAGUGAGGACCGUCUCAGGUGCGCCAGGAGGGAGAUGGAGAGCCAGCUGAAGGACGAGGCAGCCAAGGUGGAGGCACUUGAGCGUCAUCUGGAGGACAAGGAGGAGGAGUUCGAGGCUCGACUCAAGGCCAAGGUGGUGGAGUGGAAGAGCCAGUGGGACUCCGUCGAGGAGGGCCUCAGGAGUGAGAUCAGGAAGCUCAAGAAUGAGAACGAUAAUCAGAAGAGCGAAGUGGCCGUCGCCCGGAGCAGGAUGGAGCGCUCGAGCAUCGAGUACGAAAUGCGGGUCCAGGAGCUGGAGGAGCAGCUGCAGCAGAAGACCGCCGAUCUGGACAACAAGACUCGAACCCUGAAGAUGAGACUGAGUUCGGUGGAGAGCGCCAACAAGCAACAGGGUCAGGAGAAGAACGAAGCCGAGAGACUGAUGCGGGAAGAGAGAGAGAAGUUGAGGCAGCUCUCAAGAGACUUCGAACUCCUCCAGAGGAUGAAAGGAGACCUCGAACUGCGCGUGAAGCAGCUGACGAGCGCUGAGCGCAGCCUGCAGGAGGAGAUCAUGACCCUGAGCGUGGAGAACGAGGAGGCCAAGGCGGAGGCCCAGGAGGCGCAGCAGAAGUUGAAGAACAGGGAGAAGGAAUGGGCGGGAAAGUUUGAACUGGAGGCCAAGAUGGCGGAGAGCAGAGCCAAGCAGAGACUGGAGAAGACCUGGCUGGAGAAGCUCAAGAGAAGUGAGGAGUCUGCGGCGCAAGAUAUGGAGAAGGUGAAGGAGGUCCACAGGAGGACUGAGGCCGACCUCAAGAAGGAACUGGGCCUGGCCAAGCGGGGCCACGAGGACGCUGCCAGACUCAACGACGAGUUCAAGAAGAAGGUCCGGGCGCUGCGGGUAGCGGAGACGGAGGCCACUCACAAGAUCAGUCUCCUGGAGGACAAGCUCGAGGAGCUACGUCGUCGGACCUCCACGACCUCCACGACGUCGGACGACGCCUCUCAGAAUGAGCUGGCGGCGCAGGAGGAGCGGUACCAGAAGCAGGUGGACGGACUCACCAUCACCCUGGCGGAGAAGCAGCAGGAGGUGGCCGCCCUCACUAGUACCAUAGAGAGCCUCAAGGCCGCCCAAGAGACACCUCACGACUCUGAAGAGCUGCGGGAGAAACUGGCUCUCCUCCAGCAAGAUGUUCGGGAUAGAGCAGCCCAUGUCGACUGGGAUAAAUCUCAUGAGUGUCCAGAGUGUGGGAAGAAAUUCAGUCGACUUGCACAUGUGAAGAGACAUAUGAUGGUUCACAGUUACCACAAGUCAAGCCUGACCCCAGGCAAAGCUUGGGAAGCAGAAGAACUCCCAGAACCCACUUCAGGAAUACUCCAGAUAAUACGUCACAUAUUAGUGGAUCCUGGUGAUAAACCUCAGUAG